AAGUGGCCGCAUCCCCAACUUCCCACCACUAACAUUUGAAUUUCAUCACCCUCCUUAGACUUCUCUCCUCCUUAUAUAGACUUUUUGGUUCAUAGCAUGUAGUCCUCAAAAAUGGGUUCACAGACUCCGGCUAGGUUGGGAAUUAGGACCCAUCAUCAACCCUGCGCUGCUUGUAGGAUGCUACGCAGGCGAUGCGACAGUAACUGCAUCCUCGCCCCAUAUUUCCCAGGCGAUGAGCCUGACAAGUUUGCCGGUGUGCAUAAGGUUUUUGGUGCUAGCAACGUUAUAAAAAUGAUUCAGAUGGUGGAGGAAACAAACAGGCAGGAUGCUGUUAAAGCGCUGGUGUAUGAAGCGAGAGCAAGGCUCCGAGACCCUGUUUAUGGCAGCACGGGAACCAUUUUUCAGCUGCAGAAGAUGGUGCAAGACCUAAAACUGCAGCUUAAAUCAACAAAUGCUCGCGUAUUGGAGUUGCAGCAGCAAAAAGAUCAAUUGCUGGGCAUCUUUAUGAAUGUUGAUCAUCUUGAUGUACCCUCUUCCGUUGAUCAUGGCCUCAGUUUCUCAUUGGAUUACGAAGAUUCUAUGGCCUCUAAUCUAUUAAUCGGAAAACCCCAUUAAAAUAUGUUGGUAUAUCUAGUCAGAACACGGAAAAACUGGGACCAAGAAUAUGAAAUUUAUAGGUGCUACUGACUAGACUAUGAAUACCAUCAACUGGUACCAUUGAUUUCAUAAGUUCUGUUUAUGUGUCGUCAAUGCAGAUACUCUUAUAUGUUUUUCUUGCCAAAUUCAGAAACAAGAAAAGUGUCUUUCAAGUUGAUUAGAGCGCAUCAAAUGUUAAGAAAAUACCACAGGAAA